GACUGAGCCUGAAAUGAGAAAGAGAGAGAUUCAGGAAAAGACUGCCAGAGGGAGAAGGACAGGGAGACUGAAGAGAGAGAUAAAAAGUGAAAAACAGUGCCCGGGUUUGGAGGAAGAGACAAGGAGAAGGACAGAGGAGAGGCAGAGAGAUUGCAAGAGGGAGAGAAUUCAAGACUGAGAGUGGGUCUGAAAGAAGAGGAGACUCAGGAGAUUGAAAGGAGGAGGAGCAGGAGGAAGAGGAGGAGCAGGACAAGGAAAACGGAUAGCCAGCGUGGGGGGGCUUCUGGCAGGGAGGCGGCGAGGCCGAGACCCGGCGUGGAAGGGCAGUGGUGUGCCUGCACCCUCCCGGACCCCCCUCCGCCCCUCCGCCCCUCCGCCACAGUCCCAGGGCCUGUUCCCUGACCCCAAACAAAACGGAACCCGGGCAUGCCCCCUCCCGUACUAUGGACAAAGGGAACUCCUAGCCCCCACCUCCCUCGGGGACUGGCUGGGAUUCCCUAGAGGGCUGUGCUCCUGGAGGGGCUGCGACAGCUGCCGAGGAGGGGCGCCUCCCGGGGUCUGCCUCCUCUUCCCAGGAUUGCCUGGCUACUGGGCGUCGAGGAUCGACAAGCGCGAGGCAGGCUGGCACGGAGCCACUUUUCCCAAAACGCCCCCACUCCAACCCCGGAGGCCUGCCUGGCCGGGGCGGGGUAGAGGCCCAGCCCGGCCGCCCGCCCCCGCCACCGGCCGGCUUGGAGCUGAGUGGCGCUGUCCUCAGGGAAUCGCACCACUCCAGCUCAACCGGGAGUGAGGCUGGGUCAGGAUGGCCAGGUCACAGGAGGAAAAGGAGGAGCUGGACCCGGAGACCGAAGAGAAGAAAAGGGGAAGACCACGGCCGGAGAUAAAGGCCCAGCGGAGGCAGACGCCCAGAAGUUGGUAGUACCCGACAGCCCCGACCCAGCCAAGUCUCCCAGGGAGCCUGGGGGACACAGCGCGGAGGAGAGCGCACGAGCCGCCUGGAGUGCACCAUGCGCGGGUCCCCGGCUGCCGGGCCCGUCUACACCGCCGCCUGGGUGGCGUGGUCCAGGCGGGUCCGCUGCUGCCCCGUCGGGGAGGCGGGCGUUGGGCCAGGGGCACGCGGGGCCGGAGACUGCGGCGAGCCCGAGGCUGCGGCGACGUUUCCACUCUGCGUGCUGCGCGGGCCCCCGGACGCGGGAGCCGCCCACUGCCCCCCCCGCGCUGGGCGCCCGCCGGGUAUAUAACGCGCCCCUGCAGGGCCUGACCCAGGCCGCUAGCCACGCAGUGCGCGCCCGGGUGUGCUGCCCAGCAGCUGAGAGCCAGCCCGCCGCCCCCUGCGCCGCUGCCGCCUCCCCGACGGGCGCCCCCUGCCGCGGCCGGAGCUGCCCCGCCUCCGAGGCCACCAUGAAGAAGGAGGUGUGCUCCGUGGCUUUCUUCAGGGCCGUGUUCGCCGAGUUCCUGGCCACUCUCAUCUUCGUCUUCUUAGGCCUCGGCUCGGCCCUCAAGUGGCCGUCGGCGCUGCCCUCCAUCCUGCAGAUCGCGCUGGCCUUUGGCCUGGCCAUAGGCACCCUGGUCCAGGCCCUGGGGCCUGUGAGCGGAGGCCACAUGAACCCCGCCAUCACACUGGCCCUCUUUGUGGGCAAUCAGAUCUCCCUGCUCCGGACUGUCUUCUACGUGGUGGCCCAACUGAUGGGCGCCAUUACUGGGGCGGGCAUCCUCUAUGGGCUGGCACCGCUCAAUGCCCGGGGCAAUCUGGCAGUCAACGCGCUCAACAACAACACGACGCCAGGCCAGGCCAUGGUGGUGGAGCUGAUCCUGACCUUCCAGCUGGCGCUCUGCAUCUUCUCCUCCACCGACUCCCGCCGCACCAGCCCUGUGGGCUCCCCAGCCCUGUCCAUCGGCCUGUCCGUCACACUGGGCCACCUCGUGGGGAUCUACUUCACCGGCUGCUCCAUGAACCCAGCCCGCUCUUUGGGCCCCGCAGUGGUCAUGAGGCGGUUCAACUCCACGCACUGGGUCUUCUGGGUGGGGCCCAUCCUGGGGGCUGCCCUGGCUGCCAUCAUCUACUUCUACCUGCUCUUCCCCAACUCCCUGAGCCUGAGUGAUCGUGUGGCCGUCAUCAAGGGCACCUACGAGCCUGAGGAGGAUUGGGAGGAGCAGCGGGAGGAGCGGAAGAAGACCAUGGAGCUGACCGCUCACUGACAGUGUCAGGCUGGGGCCAGCUCCUCAGCCCCCGAACCGCACGGGAAAAAAGAAAAAAAUAUGACAGCAAAGCUUCCUUCCCCCACAGCGGGGUCCUCUGGGCAGGGGAGGCCGUGCUGGUUCCCCAGGCUGCACAGUUAGAGAUGGGAGCAGGAACCCAUGAUGGGACUCUUGGGGUGGGAGCCAGGGGCUGG